UCGUAUAUGUCACUAGUUUUGUUUAAUGGCUCCAACGUUUCCUUAAAUAUACUGUGAUUCUUUCUUGCCAUUGUUCCGGCCGGUAAACGUUUUCAGCUCCUUUUCUUUUCCGAACUGCCAAAGCUGUACAGCUGCUGCUGUUCUCCUCUUUCUACAGACUGUGGGAGGUCGCGGGGCGGACUGUGGAAGGCAGGGGGCGUGGUCUCGGUUUAUUGCGCACGCGCGUUGGUGGACUCUCGGUUCUCCAAACAGCCACGUCAUUCGGGCGAGGCGACGGAAACAGAAGUCACCCUGUUGUCUCGCAUUGUGCGGUGCAGGAGACGGGAGGUGAUUGCCGACUGAGCGAAGCAGGAGACUGAAUCAGUUUAGAAAUAACACCAUCGCCGAGAGACAGUGGAGAGAGAGAAAAAGCUGCAGUUUACUGAACCAUCCAGAUGGAUAUAAAAGAGGAGAUGUGUGAGGUUGACCUAAAUGUCAUGGAGACAAGGAUCAUAAAUGUUAAGGAGGAGGACUGUGAAUGGGAGCCUGUCCACCCUAAACAGGAGAGUCUGGGAAUUAAGGAAGAGGAGGAGGACUGUGAAUUCUGGUCAGUGGCCAUUAAAGAAGAGCCUGAAGAGAACUCUGUCAACAGUGUGACUGACAUCCUCACAAGUGUGGAGGGCAUUAAGGAAGACACCCAUCAUUAUGGAUAUCAAGAUGAUGCAGCGACCACGUUAGCCUCUUAUCAAAGCACACACUUUUCAUCUCCAGAGUCUUCUAUCAAUGUGAAGUCUGAAUCAUCACUGUCUGACACAGAAGAGAGUGAAGAAACUCUAGAAGAUCAGCCGCUUUCAGAGAAAUCUGGAACAGGAAUCAAAAAUAGCUACUCAACUGAAUCUGAAAAACAAAUCUGUGACAAGAGCACACUUGGGACCAUUCUCAUGGGAGAGAAGCCAUAUAGCUGUUCUGAAUGUGGCAAACGGUUUUCACAACGAGGGCAUCUUCAGAACCACAAAAGAAUUCACACCGGGGAGAAACCAUAUUCCUGUAAUGAAUGUGGCCGACAUUUUUCACAAAGAAGCAACCUUAAGAGCCACAAAAUGAUUCACAAUGGAGAGAAGUCAUAUUGCUGUGAUGAAUGUGGCAAACAGUUUUCACGAAGAGGAUCUCUUGAGACCCACAAAAGAAUUCACACCGGGGAGAAGCCGUAUUGCUGUUCCGAAUGUGGCAAGCAGUUUUCACAAGGAAGCUACCUUCAGAGACACAAAAUAUGUCACAUGGGGGAGAAGCCAUUUCGCUGUUCUGAGUGUGGCAAACAGUUUUCACAAAGAGGCCAUCUUCAGACCCACAAAAUAAUCCACACUGGGGAAAAGCCCUAUUCCUGUAUUGAAUGUGGCAAACAAUUCUCACAAAGAAGCUGCCUUCAGCGACACCGAAGAAUUCACACAGAUGAGAAGCCAUAUUGUUGUUCUGAAUGUGGGAAACUCUUUUCGAAUGGAAGGUACCUUAAGAGACACAAAAUAAGUCACAUGAGGGAGAGGCCAUUUCACUGUAAUGAUUGUGGCAAACAGUUUUUACAAAGAGGCCAACUUCUCUCACACAAAUUACUUCACCUAGUGGAGAAGCCAUAGUGGUGUUCUGAAUGUGAUUGUGCCACUUGUGCUGAACCAACAAACCAAAAAAAAAAAAAA